AUGACGAGCAUUAACGAGGAGCUCGAGAAGUGGUUCGAGAAGCUACAGGAGCUCGACGAAAACCACCACCUGCUUUGCCCCAAGGUUUCCGACGACGAUCUCGAAGACUACCGUGUUCCGAACGAUCCUACGUCGCAGAUCACACCAGAAGAGAAACAAAAACGCAUACGAGACGGGCUCGAAAGGAUUGAAAUUACGUACUGGAACUGCCUCAUCUUUGGCUUCGACAAGAAAGAUGCUGGGAAAUGGCUGGAGAGCUUCACCACUCGCUUGGAGGGCUGCAUGCAGCUGUGCUCCGAGUGUGCUCUAAACUGGCAUAUGAAGCGGAAAGCCCAUCUGCUGAAAUUCUACGACCGCGACGUCCUCCGCAUCAACCACAACCUUACCUGGGCUAAGAAUUGCAUCGAGAAGAUCGAGUCAGAGGGCGUGGCCUUCAAGAAGACCAUGUUCGGAGAUCGCAUCACCGAAGUCCUCAUUGCAGUCUACGAAGCCCUCUGCUGCGUCGCCUACCUGUCCGACCCGGAUCAGCGAGAGACCUUUCAAUAUGUCUUUGCUCGACUGCAGGGCAAGAAAAGCUACCUGAAGCUUGGGGCAAAGGAUCCUCUGCCUGGCAUGACUUACUUCUUGUUCGAUCAGAAGAACGAAGAUCGCCGCAAUUGGGCAUUUGAGAAUUGGAAGAACGUUGAGGCAGAGACGAUGACCGAAGAGCAAUUUGAUUGGGCCAUCAGUGGCGGUCUAGUCAACGCCAUGGACGAUGUGCAUCGCAAGCUGCAGGCGUUGCAAACUAACCCGAGUCCCGAAACGUAUCUAGAAGUCGAGCGCUUCUGGUUGGGAUUCGAGAGCGUCCUCCAAGCCUUGAACGAAUCUCUGAUCCUGGGCAGCCUGGGCAGUAUGGAUCUCAAGGCUAACUGCCCGCCCAUCUACGACUUGCUCCUCCGCCAGACGAUUCCGUUCACUCAGCACGAGGGUGUGCUGGUUGUGGCGCUUAGGGUUUUGACCAAGUUCCUCCAAAAGUCGCCGACAGCCUUUUGGAAUCACGUGGGUAGUACGCGGCCCAACGUUGUUACUGACAUUAUCUUCACCAAUCCUGUAUACAGCUCGCUGCUCCGACAGGCGUUGGAGGACUUUGACGCGUGUCCCAGGGAUGUGCCCUUUCCUGUGCAAUGGAUUGCCCCAUGGCUUAAGUCCAUGGGCCAAGAUAGACGAUAUGAUGCAUGCGAGGUCCUCCUUCACACUCUCUUCCAGAAGGUGACCGACCCUGGAAUCGGUGAGCCAGGUCAAGCCGCUUGUACGAAAGCUGGCCUUGAUGCGCUCACGUUCACUAUGCAAGCUUUCGUCACCCAGGAUAUCUCCGGUACAGGGACGACACAUGUCCAUUCUAAUUGCACUCUCAACCUCGUAAUGAAACACAAGGCUGUGCUGUUGAGCAAUCUGCAGCAACCUCUAGGAGAGCACGUUGGCUGGGAUGCGUUCAAGGUGGGCCAGUCUGCGUACAGUGUCGUCAAGGCAGCCAUGGAGCUCGACAUGAAGCUCUUUUCCGUCGACUUUCAUACGUUUGAAGAUGGCGGGCAGAUUCAGUCAGCAUUUUCUCGAGACUCGGCAGGGUUCUGGAAGGACGUUAUCGACGUUUACGAGGCGUCCACCGACAAGGUCAACCUAGCCAAGGACUUCUUGGUGGCCCUCGAACCGCUCAUCCGACUUGAACAAAUUCGCCCUCGCAAGAAAGACCCUGCUCUCGACGAUGCCAGGAAGAAAUUCAACGACGCCUUGAAGUCGACCACAGAUAUACUGUCAAGGAUCUUUACGAGAAUAUCCAAUCUCGAUGAGAUGGACCUUACAGCUGUAUUUGACAACAACAAAGCCUUCCAAGUCACUGUGGGUGUCGCCAUGCGCGGCGACUCGGAUGUGGCAGAGGCAGCCGCUGAAUUGCUGAAGGAGUGGACGCAAGAAAUAUCUCGCGGGCAGGCUUUGGAACAUGUUGCCCAAGACCACCCAGAAAAGAUCCUUGGUGCGACCCUGUUCGCGCUCGACCACGUCUUCAGAGGGCCUUCGUAUGCUGCCAAGACGAAGUUCCCGUGGGAUCCCAUCCGACCAAUCCUACACAUGAGCCGCGAUGUCCUGCGCGGGCUCUGCGACAUGACGACUGGCGUGCUUCGUACCAAAACUUUGGAGCCCCGGACCAUUGCGCUGCUGCUCCGGUGGUGGCAAGCACAGUGGCAUUUUGUUCAGCGAGCAUGCUCCAACAUCGAGCUUUGGUCGCUGUACAUUGCCAACAGCAUCAUGCAAGAGUUCUGUCGCGAAAUCAUGGAACUGGCCGAAGCAUUGGUAGCAGAGGACGGACUGCUCAUCUCGGUUGUAUCGAAAGCAAACAACAAGAGCGAAGGUGCCAUGGCGGAGCGCGUACUGCAACCCGUGCGGGAGCACUUCCAGGGCCUCGAGAAUAUGAUCAGACUCAAAGACAAAUGGCUCGUGGACGUGACCGUUCGGGUUCUCUGCAAGAUUGUGUCCCGCUUGCGGGAGAUCAAACUCGAAAUCCCUGGCAAGUCGAGGCAGUUCAUCAUAGACGCCUGUGUUCCUAAGGAACGUGGUCGUUAUGCACGACCUACCAACAUGACAGACCAGCAGCGUGCCGAGCUCCUGCAAGCUCUUGGACAUGUCGAGGAGGAGGUGAAGCCGGAGGCGAUUGUGCACGUGGAGAAGAAACAGAGCAAACUGGAUGCCUGGUCCAAGUCUGGUCCAGCUCCCAGCGCCUCGCGAUCCAACAGGGACGAUGUUAUGGAGUUUAGCAAAUCCAUCGACAGCCCUAUCCUCAAGCAGCUCGAGGCGCGGAGAAUUGCCGAGGCCAAGGCCAAAUCGCUCAAGCCUGUUGCCAAGAAACCCGACCAGCGGGCCAUCACCGCCCUGAAAGAAAGCCGACAGCGAGAGAAGGCUGAGAAGGAGAAGCGAAAGCAAAUGGCCAUUGCCGAAGCGAAGCGCUUGCGAGGCGAGGCAGGUGGUGUGCUUGGCAAGGAUCACUCCAAGAGUGAAAUCAUGGUCAACAGCUCCGAGGAAGAAUCGGAGGGCGAAGACGAUUCAGAUGACGGUGACGACCAGUUGGCCAUGCUCAGCACUGGCACGAAGAAGUCUGUGGACGAAGCAGAGAAGGCUCGACGGCAGGCGCUCCGGGACAGAGCCCGCCGUCCUGUGAAGAAGGUCAAGCAGCAACGAUCCGUCAAGGAAAUGCGCGCACGACUGGUGCCCCCGAUGGAAAAGCUACACAACACCAUUCUCGCGUGGGAGAUCUUUCAUAACGGCAACGACCCACCAAGCGGGCCUUCGGGUAGCAAGGUAGCGACUUCGUACACUGAUCCGGCAUCAUACCAGCAGACUUUCUUUCCUCUGCUUGCGUCUGAAGCUUGGCGCUCCUUUGUCACAGCCAAGGACGAGAUAACAAAUCGACCUUUCGGCAUCAAGGUGGCCAGCCGAGCUAGUGUGGAUAGUUUCCUUGAGGUGACGUUCACGAUGCCUGUGUCACAGAACAAGGAGCGCGGCGUGUUCGAGGGCGACAUACUGCUAGUGUCGGAAGCCGAGAAUCCCCUGACCGACCCGCACGUGAAGCACUGCCUGGCUCGCGUCCACAGAAUCAAGUACAAGAAAGACCUCAUUGAGGCUACGUUCCGGGUCGCCUCACGCAACAAUCAGCUGUCGCAGUUACUGAACCCUGGCGUCAGCGUGCACGGUGUCAAGAUCACGAAUAUGACGACAAUCGAACGUGAAUACGCCGCUCUGGAGAGUUUGCAGUACUAUGACCUGAUGGACGAGAUAUUGAAGGCCGAGCCGUCUCCUGUCCUCCGCUAUGGCGAGGAGAAGAUCCAAAAGUGGUCCAGCAAUUGGGAACUAAAUCGCGGUCAAGCUAUGGCCGUGAUGGGCGCCCAAGACAACGACGGGUUCACCCUGAUCCAAGGCCCCCCUGGCACUGGCAAGACCAAGACAAUCGUUGCCAUGGUCGGCGCGUUGCUAUCGGAGCAACUCAGCAAUCAAACAUCCGGAACAGCCAUUGCCCGCCCAGGGCCAGGGACUGCCCAGCAUGCCAACGGCACCCUGCCAAAGAAACUUCUCGUGUGUGCUCCGUCCAACGCAGCUGUGGAUGAGUUGGUCCUCCGUCUGAAGAAUGGCGUCAAGGGGGUUAGCGGUAAGCACAGUAAGAUCAACGUGCUGCGCCUGGGCCGCAGCGAUGCCAUCAAUGCUGCUGUCCGGGAUGUCACGCUGGACGAGUUGGUGAAGAAUCGCCUGGAAGGCGACGGCACCAAGGACAAGGCCGUGGCAGACCGCGACAAGCUGCACGCCGAUGCCGGCAAGAUCAAGGAGGAGCUCUCUGAGCUGCGCCCCAUGCUCGAUGCCGCCAGGGGCGGGGACAAGGCCAACUACGACAAGCUGUCACGUCGCUUCGACGAGCUCAAGGGGCAGCAAAUGCAGAUUGGUCGCCAAAUUGACGCCAACAAGGACAGCGGCAACUCGGUCGCCCGUGAAAUGGAGAUGCGCCGGCGCCAGGUGCAGCAGGAGAUUUUGAACGGAGCGCAUGUGAUCUGCGCCACGCUCAGCGGCAGUGGGCACGAGAUGUUCCGAAACCUGGACGUGGAGUUUGAGACGGUCAUCAUCGACGAGGCGGCGCAGUGCGUCGAGCUGAGCGCUCUCAUCCCCCUCAAGUAUGGCUGCUGCAAAUGCAUCCUGGUCGGUGAUCCGAAGCAACUGCCGCCUACCGUGCUCUCCCAAUCCGCUGCUCGCUUCGGCUACGACCAGAGUCUGUUCGUCCGCAUGCAACAGAAUCACCCCCAGUCCGUACACUUGCUGGACAUGCAGUACCGUAUGCAUCCUGAAAUCAGUGCAUUCCCCAGUCGGGAGUUCUACGAAGGGCAGCUCAAGGAUGGCCAGGACAUGGCACCCCUGCGGCAGCAGCCGUGGCACAGGACGACCCUCCUGAGUCCUUAUCGAUUCUUUGACGUGCAGGGUGUUCAAGAGCGCGGCCACAAGGGGCAGUCCCUCGUCAACAACCGCGAGAUUGAAGUUGCGCUGCAACUGUACGAGCGGUUCAGCAGCGACUACCGAGAUCUCGACCUGAAGCAGAAGAUUGGCAUCAUCACGCCGUACAAGGCGCAGCUCUUUGAACUGCGCAACCGUUUCCGUAACCGAUAUGGCGAGGGCAUUUCCGACAUCAUUGAAUUCAACACGACGGACGCUUUUCAGGGUCGAGAGUGCGAAAUUAUCAUCUUCUCCUGCGUGCGAGCCUCGUCGACGGGUGGCAUCGGCUUCAUGACGGACAUUCGUCGUAUGAACGUCGGUCUGACCCGCGCCAAGUCAUCGCUCUGGAUCUUGGGAGACUCGCGGGCCCUGGUCCAGGGUGAGUUCUGGAAGAAGCUCAUCGAAGACUCCCGUGCCCGCGAUCGCUACACGGACGGAGAUGUGCUGAGCAAGUUCCGGAAGACGCUAGAGCUGAACCCUAAUGCGCCAGCCUAUCCGCCGCCGAGCCGAGCUUCGACGCCACGAAAGGACGGCGACGGCGAUAUUGCGAUGCGUCCAGCGCCAGCAGCAGCGCCAGCGCCGGACCAUGCUCCUCGUUCUGGCGGGCUGCCCAUCAUCCACACUUCCAAGCCACCUCCAUCUGCGCCAGGAGAAGGCAAGAAGCGACCGUUGGACGCCUCUGACUCUGGAGAGUCCAACGCGAAAAGAAAAGCCAGCGAUGGGCCUCGACCAGGCGGCAUGAGGGCCAAGUUUGCCCCGAAGCCAUCAGCGAGCAAGCCAUACCCACGUCAGUCCUCUGCACCGGAAGACCCGUCGGCCAAGAUCACCCUCGGCCUAAUGCCCCAAGACCGGGAGGAGAUGCCAUCCUCGUCGUCGACGAUGGCGCCGAGGACGAGCUCCACGCCGCCGCAGAACGGGCAGUUUAGCGCAAAACCGAGCAAUGGGGUAUCAUCGGAUCUGAGCACAGUGACGUUCAUCGUCGUCGUCUUCUUGUCUGUCCUCGUCAAAGUCCCGAGGAUCAACACUGGUGAUAGACACGUCUCGUCCGUCUUCGCGUCGCCUGUGCUGGACCUCGAGGUCGUCGGUGUCACUGAUGCAAGCGAAAUUGAGGUUCGCCCCUGGUUGAUCAUGGCUGACGGCAACUUCGUCUCGACUCGCCCUCGGAGGCACACGUCGCUGGACAGGACCUCUAGGAAUCGGGGUCACAUCGCUCGCGCUCGCUCAACCUCCAACAUACUUGACACAUCGGCAGAUGACUUCAACAGGCGUUUGUACGAUCCCGUCUUCGCGCCACACCUACAACGCACAAAGUCGACGCAGACUGGUCUCGGCGAGCUGGUGGAUUUCUUAAACAACCACGCGCCGCCAGCAGACAACUUCAUGUCCAUACCCGAUGACGAUGACGACCAGAAGCGCAGAUGGCUGAAGUGGGUGAAGAAGAGCCGCUCCGGGCCAAGGCCUCCUCCGAUCAGACUGCCAGACACGGCCGUGUCGGGGAAGACUAUCGGCGGUCAUAGGCACAUUGCCAUCACCAUUCCAUUUGAUGCCUUCCCCAUGGGCGAGAGGCCACGAUCGCAGUACCCAGUGUAUCACGAAGGCACAAGGGUUCCGAGGACUAUAACGAAUGACAAGGGUGUGGUGACAGUUCUGAAGACGGUCAAUGAGAGCGCCGGCGAGUCGUCAGCAUGGAUAAAUGAGGCAAGCAGUGCCAAAGUGGUCAAGGUUGAGCCAACGCCAGUGGUUAUCAAUGAUGGAGAAGUGAACGGGGGAGGCGAUGAAAACGAUGAGUCCAGGGCCACGCAGAAGAUGGAGAAUCCACUUGGAUCUCGUCAAUCGGGCAUGUCAGAAAUCAACAGGACUCAAAGCCGACGAGACAAGGUCCGCGACAGGAAGAAGCGUGACAUGGAGGCCUUGGUCAGCUCCAAGAAGAAGGGUGACGAGGGAUGCUCGCCGGGCCAGCUCAGCUUUAGCCCUAUUCGUGGCAUAGGCAUAGAGCCUGAAGAUCCAGAACAGGAGGCGGAGUCGACCCUCAUCGCAUCACCAUCGACCGAUGCCUACCGUGACGAACAGUUGAACGCGGCUCGAGAUAGUCAGCUGACACCUCCCCGCUCACCGGUCACAAAGCCCGUCGCCCUGGAUCGGACGUCACUUCAUCGCCGUCGCGAAUGGAAGGAAACACGACAAGCCCGUCGUCUAUCGAGCGAAUCGCGAGCCGCGGUGCAUGCCCGUGCGCAGGAGCUCAUUGAUGCCGAUGCGGCGGAUACGUCGACACAAGCCCUGGACAAGGAAAUCCUUCGGCUGUACGAGGCGUACCGGGAGCACCGCUUUAAUGAUAUGGAGCGCCGUGUCAGACUGUUGGAGCGCAAUGGAGAUGUCUGGUUGAGGGCGCUCGUGCCCGUGCUCAAGGGCCUGAACGCCCGCGACCCCAAUCGAGGAUAUGUGUCGGAGGAGGAGAUGCCAAGAGCCAGGCCAGCUUCUGUCGCACUUCGUCGGGCCCAGAGCUCCCACAGGCCGCCCAGGGAUAGCGGCAUGGUCAGGGCGGAUAGUGAGGACAGUGUCGAGGGUACCACGGAUGGGCUGGACACCGUUGAGCCCCUCAUGCGGGAGCUGGCGGGCGCCGCGAGGGCAAGGCAGAUGAGGGCGGCAAUGUUUUGA